UUGGAAUGGCAGCACUGAGGUCCGACCCGACGUCUGCAUCCAAUCUAGAUGACUACUCACCUGUUCACUAUCACUUGGAUAUCUUCUGUGAUUUCGAAUCAAAGACGCUGCGCGGAAGCGUGGAACUGACGCUGAAAAAGAGGAGCAGCUCUUUAUGUAGCAAAGUGAUCUUAGAUAGUCAAGAUAUCCAGAUUCAUUCAGUGAAGAGAGGCUCUCAAGCUCUUUCCUUCCUAGUUCAUCCAUUCAGAAAAUAUGGCUCUGCAUUGCACAUAGACAUUCCUGAUGAUCUGCAAAACUUGACAGAAUUCAAACUUUCUAUCAGUUUUACAUCAGGCUCUGGUGCUGCUUUGUGUUGGCUUGAUCCUGUCCAGACAGCUGGCAAGAAAAUGCCUUAUUUGUUCACACAAGGUCAAGCAGUGUUGAAUCGAUCUUUCUUUCCUUGCAUGGACUCUCCCUCAGUAAAGUCAACUUGGUCAGCAUCAAUCAAGGUACCAGAAGGAUUCAAUGUUGUUAUGAGCGCAUCACAGUGGAAACCUCCUAGGCAAUUAGAUGGCCAUUUGGAGUGCUGCUUUAACAUGGAUGUGCCUAUUCCCAUCUACUUAUUGGCAAUGGCAGUGGGUGACAUUGGCUCUAAGGAAAUUGGUCCAAGGAGUCGAGUGUGGACUGAGCCAUGUUUACUGGAUAAAGCUCAGUAUGAGUUCCAAGAAGUCACUGAAAAGUUUGUGAGCACUGGUGAACGCUUAUUUGGUCCGUAUGUUUGGACCAGAUAUGACAUCCUGGUGAUGCCACCAUCAUUUCCAUAUGGAGGUAUGGAGAAUCCGUGUUUGACUUUUGUUACACCAACUUUGUUGGUUGGUGACAGGUCACUCACUGAUGUCAUCAUGCAUGAGAUAUCACAUAGUUGGUUCGGCAACUUGGUCACAAACUCUAGCUGGAGUGAAUUUUGGCUCAAUGAGGGCUUAACCAUGUAUGCCCAGCGUCGAAUUUGUUCUGAGAUUCUAGGACAUCCGUUUACGUGCUUGGAGGCAGCCACAGGAAAGGCAUUGUUAUUGCAGGAUAUUGAACUCUUUGGAGAGGAUCAUAACUUCACUAAGUUGCGUGUUGACCUUGACCCAGAAGAUGAUCCUGAUGAUACCUAUUGUGAAAUACCUUAUGAGAAAGGAUAUUGUUUUGUGAGCUAUCUCAGAAGCUUGGUAACUUCUCAUGAGGAGUUUGAUGAGUUUUUGAAAGGUUAUGUUAAGAAGUAUUCAUACCAGAGUGUAGUAUCCAGUGAUUUUUUGGACACUUUCUUGGAACAUUUCCCGAACCUCAAGGGGGUGGAAACUAGGAAGGGUUUUGAGUUUGAUCGAUGGCUGGAUACACCAGGCACACCUGUCUAUUUUCCUGAUCUUUCUGAGGGGGAAACUUUGAUGAAGCCAGCAGAAGCUUUGGCAGAACAUUGGGCUCAAGGCUCUGGUCCAUCUGGUGAAGGAGCUGUGGGAAUUGAAGCUGUAAAAGAUUGGCACACCUAUCAGAAGUUGCAUUUUUUGGACAAACUUCUCAGUUAUGAUUGUCUUUCACAUGAGACAUUGGAUUGUCUUGCCAGAGAUUAUCCCUUUAUUUCACAAACACACAAUGCAGAAAUUCGUCUUCGUUGGUCACAGAUCACACUCAAGAAUGUCUACACACGUGAUUUUCCUAAUGUCAGAAGAUUUCUCAAUGAACAAGGCAAACUGAAGUACACUGUACCACUUUAUCGGAUUAUGGUGACUGGCUCAAAAGCAGUCCAAGAAUUUGCUCAGUCUGUAUUCGAGGAGACUGAAGCUAAGUUGCACCAAAUAGUGAGGGACAGGGUACUCAGGUUGCUGAAGGAAAUGAAACCUGCUGACAAGUGAUGAGGUGACAGACAAAGGAUUGUGACAUUUGCAUAAUGUUGACUUGAUUUGCAACCAUAUCGAUUAGUUGACAAUAAUCACAACAAUUUUUGCAGUAUGGGGUAUGAUUGCAGUGGUUAUGUCCAUGAUAGAUAUGCGUCAUUGAUGGUUGUUGCUGAUUGUUUGUUGAAUUGAUUUAUAUUUAUAACUAUUUUUACA